UCCAGCUUUUCGAAUAAGUGCAGGAUUAACAUUUACUGCUCAACUAUUACAUGUGCUAGCAUACUAUUUAGAUGUUAGAAUGCCUUUCAAGAUGAUGUAUAGUGAUUUCUGCAGCAACGAUAUGACCUAUAGCCAAUUUUCACGUCGGGUAGCUAGGCUCAAUUCCAAUGUAUUGUGCCUUUGUGUAUCUCAAGGUGUUUCUUCGGAACUCAUUCAUCCUGUGCAGACUCUUCAAAACAUUAUGCAUUUGUUAAAUGCUGAAAUUAGCGAUAUUGGACGGUAA